AUGCCCCUGCCGAUUCCUUCUGGCGUCGACUGGAUAGUGCCCGUUAACGAGAAACCUCAUCGACGUACAAUUGGAGAGCGACUCGAUCCCACUAUUGUCAACGCGGUGAAAGAGAAGGCGCAAUACACUAUAAAAGCAAAAUGGACAAGCUACGCCUUGAACAUUGCGAUAGGUGUACAAGUUCUGCUUGGGGCACUUACUACGGGUGUUGCGGCAGCACUGUCGGGUAAGCAGGUGUCGAUUGCCACUACCAUUCUUGGUGGCGCGGCGACCCUAGUUGCUUCCUAUCUCGCUCGGGCACGAGGAUCAAACGAACCAGAACUAUCCAUCACUCGCGUCAAGGACCUAGAUCAAUUCUUGAGAGACUGCCUUUCCUUCAAAAUGGACCACGGACAUGAAUAUGGGACAGCUGAAAAUGGGCUGAACGAUCGGCUGGACCAGCUCAGAAAAAGGUUUGAAGAACUUCUUGGAAAUGCUGAUGGGCAGCGGAAACUUUCCUCACCUGUUUGA